CAGAGCUAUAUCACAGCGUUAACAGGCAGCACGGAGCGUCAUUUGAACUCCAGUCACUGACAGACGCAUUUCACGGCUGGCUCCAUAAAGACACACAUCAACGCCAGUCCUUUGACGAAGGGGGGACACACCAGCGACCCAAAUACACCCAGUGGUCCCCAGUCACCUGCUAUUAGAGAGACUUUUUGGCUUUUCCCCUGCUGGGAGACGCUUUGUAAAAGUCCUCCAUGAUGCUCGGAGCAGUUAAAAUGGAAGGACACGAACACACCGACUGGAGCACCUACUACGGAGAGCCCGAGUGUUACACCUCCGUUGGCAACAUGAACACGGGCCUGGGAAUGAACUCUAUGAAUACCUACAUGAGCAUGUCCGGCAUGGGCACCACUGCCAACAUGACGGCCAACUCCAUGAACAUGUCGUACGUCAACACGGGCAUGAGCCCCUCCAUGACCGGCAUGUCACCGGGCACCGGAGCCAUGAACGGCAUGGGCGCAGGCAUGACGGCCAUGAGCGCAGCCCUGAGCCCCAGCAUGAGCCCCAUGACGGCGCAGCCCGCGUCUAUGAACGCGCUCACAUCCUACACCAACAUGAACGCCAUGAGCCCCAUAUACGGACAGUCUAACAUCAACAGGUCCAGAGACCCCAAGACGUACCGCAGGAGCUACACGCACGCCAAACCCCCGUACUCCUACAUUUCCCUCAUCACCAUGGCGAUCCAGCAGUCUCCCAGUAAGAUGCUGACACUGGCUGAGAUCUACCAGUGGAUAAUGGACCUGUUCCCUUUUUACAGACAGAACCAGCAGCGCUGGCAGAACUCCAUCCGCCACUCUUUGUCCUUCAAUGACUGUUUCCUCAAAGUGCCCAGGUCCCCGGAUAAACCCGGGAAGGGCUCCUUUUGGACUCUCCACCCGGACUCCGGGAACAUGUUCGAGAACGGCUGCUACCUGAGGAGGCAGAAGCGCUUCAAAUGCGACAAGAAGUCCAACAUGAAGGAUAGCGGCCGCAAAGGUGGAGACGGAGGCUCCUCCAACAGCAGCUCGGAGAGCUGCAACGGCAACGAGUCCCCGCACUCCAACUCUUCCUCCAGCGAGCAUAAAAGGUCCCUGUCAGACAUGAAGACGAGCCAGGCGCUGAGCCCGGAGCACGCCGCCCCCUCCCCGGUGUCGCAGGGGCAGCAGCACCUCAUGUCCCAGCAUCACUCGGUGCUUGCGCACGAAGCGCACCUGAAGCCGGAGCACCACUACUCCUUCAACCACCCCUUCUCCAUAAAUAACCUCAUGUCCUCGGAGCAGCAGCAUCACAAAAUGGACCUAAAGACAUACGAGCAGGUGAUGCAUUACUCCGGGUACGGCUCCCCCAUGGCCGGGGCUCUUUCCAUGGGCUCCAUGGCGGGGAAAGCCGGUCUGGAUGCUUCAUCCAUACCUGACACGACUUACUACCAAGGCGUCUAUUCCAGGCCGAUCAUGAACUCCUCAUAAACCAUCUAAUGUGGACUUUCUCCCUCUUCAAUUUGUACAUUUGUAAAAAAACAAAAAAAUAUAGAGUUUGUGUACAAUAUGUAUUUCAGAUAUUUUUGACGUUUCCCACCGUUUUAGUUGUCGAGUUUGUUAGUAGGCUAAUUAUUUUGAGAGAGGAUGUUGAUAAUAAUAAUAAUUAAAAGUAAUGAUAAUGUGACGAGAUCUGUUCAGAAGUCGGCUUCAGGAAUGGACCCCAAAGACAAAACAACAAGUUGCUGUAAAAUAGCCUCCAUCUGCAUCACUGGAUUCCUACAUGAAUUUAAAUGCCUCGCAGGAUUUCUUCAAUCAUUUGUGUAAUUCCUAUUUAUGGCUUGUAUAUGUGUAUUCUUGUAGUGACAAGAACAGAAUCUAUAUUAAAGUGUUAUUGGUUUUGUUU